GGGCGGAGCGCAGUGCAGCGGCGGCGGCGGGAGCUCGGGCGGGCGCGGGGCGCAGAGGCGGCGGCGGCGGCGGGGACGCAGGGCCGGGCCGGGCCGGGCGCGCAGCAGGGGCGGCGGCAGCGGCAGCGGCAGCGGCGGCGGCGGCAUCAUCGCCCCGGAGCGGGCGCAGGGUUUGCCACCCUCGGAGUGUGGACUAACAGCAGCCGAGGAGACAGAGCUGAACUUGGUCACGCAGUCCCUAGAGUCAGCAAGACAUGGGUUCCAUUGUGCAGCUCCUGACACCUCUGAUGUAACCAGAUGACGUGGAGGGGAGCUGUCCCGACCAUGUAGAUGCCAGCCCCAGGGAUGAUCAGCAUGGGCCCCACUGAAUGGAGACUCCUGGGUCAGCAUUCCUGAGCCUGUUCGGCCCCUGGACCUCACCCCACUCCUGGGGACACUCCUCAGAGCUCUCCAGUGCUGUCGCCAGCCCACCUCAGCCAUCGCCUCCUCCUGGGACUGGAAGUUGGCCUCCUGGAGCUAAUACCCUCUGGUGAGGGUGUACUGAGGACAGCCACACACAGCCAUCACCCACAGGCCCCUUUUCCAGUGCUGACCCUCAGGCCCAGCCUGAGCAGAAACUUCAGCAAACAUGGGUGAUAUGACCAACAGCGACUUUUACUCCAAAAACCAAAGAAAUGAGUCGAGCCAUGGGGGCGAGUUCGGGUGCAGCAUGGAAGAGCUGCGCUCCCUCAUGGAGCUGCGGGGCACUGAGGCUGUGGUCAAGAUCAAGGAGACAUAUGGGGACACUGAAUCCAUCUGCCGGCGCCUCAAAACCUCUCCUGUUGAAGGUUUGCCAGGCACCGCUCCAGACCUGGAAAAGAGGAAACAGAUUUUCGGGCAAAACUUCAUACCUCCAAAGAAACCAAAAACCUUCCUGCAGCUGGUGUGGGAAGCACUACAGGACGUGACGCUCAUCAUCCUGGAGAUCGCGGCCAUCAUCUCCCUGGGACUGUCCUUCUACCACCCACCCGGAGAGAGCAAUGAAGGAUGUGCCACGGCCCAAGGUGGGGCAGAAGAUGAAGGUGAAGCAGAAGCAGGCUGGAUCGAGGGGGCUGCCAUCCUGCUGUCAGUCAUCUGUGUGGUCCUCGUCACAGCCUUCAAUGAUUGGAGUAAAGAGAAACAGUUCCGGGGCCUGCAGAGCCGAAUUGAGCAGGAACAGAAGUUCACCGUAGUCCGGGCUGGCCAGGUGGUCCAGAUCCCUGUGGCCGAGAUUGUGGUUGGGGACAUUGCCCAGAUCAAAUACGGUGACCUCCUUCCUGCUGAUGGCCUCUUCAUCCAGGGCAAUGACCUCAAGAUCGAUGAAAGCUCGCUCACAGGGGAGUCUGACCAGGUGCGCAAGUCUGUGGAUAAGGACCCUAUGUUGCUGUCAGGAACUCAUGUGAUGGAAGGCUCAGGACGGAUGGUGGUGACUGCUGUGGGUGUCAACUCUCAAACUGGCAUCAUAUUUACCCUGCUUGGGGCUGGUGGUGAAGAGGAAGAGAAGAAAGACAAAAAAGCCAAGCAGCAGGAUGGGGCAGCUGCUAUGGAAAUGCAGCCUCUGAAGAGUGCGGAGGGCGGUGAUGCAGAUGACAAGAAGAAAGCCAACAUGCACAAGAAAGAGAAGUCGGUGCUUCAGGGCAAGCUCACCAAGCUGGCUGUGCAGAUAGGCAAGGCGGGCCUGGUGAUGUCGGCCAUCACGGUGAUCAUCCUGGUGCUCUACUUCACCGUGGACACCUUCGUGGUCAACAAGAAGCCGUGGCUGACGGAGUGCACACCGGUCUACGUGCAGUACUUCGUCAAGUUCUUCAUCAUUGGUGUGACGGUGCUGGUGGUCGCUGUGCCCGAGGGCCUCCCUCUGGCUGUCACCAUCUCACUGGCCUAUUCCGUGAAGAAAAUGAUGAAGGACAACAACCUGGUCCGUCACCUGGACGCCUGUGAGACCAUGGGUAACGCCACAGCCAUCUGCUCAGACAAGACAGGCACGCUGACCACCAACCGCAUGACCGUGGUGCAGGCCUAUGUCGGUGAUGUCCACUACAAGGAGAUCCCUGAUCCCAGCUCCAUCAAUGCCAAGACGUUGGAGCUGCUGGUCAACGCCAUUGCCAUCAACAGCGCCUACACCACCAAGAUCCUCCCCCCAGAAAAAGAGGGCGCCCUGCCCCGGCAGGUGGGCAACAAGACAGAGUGUGGCCUGCUGGGCUUCGUGCUGGACCUGAGGCAGGAUUACGAGCCGGUACGCAGCCAGAUGCCAGAGGAAAAGCUGUAUAAGGUGUACACCUUCAACUCUGUGCGCAAGUCCAUGAGCACCGUCAUCAAGAUGCCUGACGAGAGCUUCCGCAUGUACAGCAAAGGUGCUUCGGAGAUUGUGCUCAAAAAGUGCUGCAAGAUUCUCAGUGGGGCAGGGGAGCCCCGUGUCUUCCGGCCCCGUGACAGGGAUGAGAUGGUUAAGAAGGUGAUCGAGCCCAUGGCCUGUGACGGGCUCCGUACCAUCUGUGUGGCCUAUCGUGACUUCCCCAGCAGCCCUGAGCCUGACUGGGACAAUGAGAAUGACAUUCUCAAUGAACUCACCUGCAUCUGCGUGGUGGGCAUCGAAGACCCAGUGCGACCUGAGGUCCCAGAAGCCAUCCGCAAGUGCCAGCGGGCCGGUAUCACAGUCCGCAUGGUCACCGGUGACAACAUCAACACAGCCCGGGCCAUCGCCAUCAAGUGUGGCAUUAUCCACCCUGGAGAGGACUUCCUGUGCCUGGAAGGCAAAGAAUUCAAUCGGAGGAUCCGCAACGAGAAGGGGGAGAUUGAGCAGGAGCGGAUUGACAAGAUCUGGCCAAAGCUGAGGGUGCUGGCUCGAUCCUCGCCCACGGAUAAGCACACCCUGGUCAAAGGCAUCAUCGACAGCACACACACUGAGCAGCGGCAGGUGGUGGCUGUGACAGGGGAUGGGACCAACGAUGGGCCUGCUCUCAAGAAGGCAGAUGUGGGCUUCGCGAUGGGCAUCGCAGGCACGGAUGUGGCCAAGGAGGCCUCAGACAUCAUCCUGACAGACGACAACUUCAGCAGCAUCGUUAAGGCAGUGAUGUGGGGCCGUAAUGUCUAUGACAGCAUAUCCAAAUUCCUGCAGUUUCAGCUGACUGUCAAUGUGGUGGCUGUGAUCGUGGCCUUCACGGGUGCCUGCAUUACACAGGACUCCCCUCUCAAGGCGGUGCAGAUGCUCUGGGUGAACCUCAUCAUGGACACAUUUGCUUCCCUGGCCCUGGCAACAGAGCCACCCACCGAGACUCUGCUCCUGAGGAAACCUUACGGCCGCAACAAGCCGCUCAUCUCGAGAACCAUGAUGAAGAACAUCCUGGGCCACGCCGUCUACCAGCUAACCCUCAUCUUCACCCUGCUCUUCGUGGGUGAGAAGAUGUUCCAGAUUGACAGCGGAAGGAACGCCCCGCUGCACUCGCCACCCUCGGAGCACUACACCAUCAUCUUCAACACCUUCGUCAUGAUGCAGCUUUUCAACGAGAUCAACGCCCGUAAGAUCCACGGCGAGCGUAACGUCUUCGACGGAAUCUUCCGGAACCCCAUCUUCUGCACCAUCGUUCUCGGCACUUUUGCCAUCCAGAUAGUGAUUGUGCAGUUCGGCGGCAAACCCUUCAGCUGCUCCCCACUCCAGCUGGACCAGUGGAUGUGGUGCAUCUUCAUAGGCCUGGGAGAGCUCGUCUGGGGCCAGGUCAUUGCCACCAUCCCUACCAGCAGGCUCAAGUUUCUGAAAGAGGCAGGGCGGCUAACACAGAAGGAGGAGAUCCCCGAGGAAGAGUUAAAUGAGGAUGUGGAAGAGAUAGACCACGCAGAGCGGGAGCUUCGCCGAGGCCAGAUCCUAUGGUUCCGGGGCCUGAAUCGGAUCCAGACACAGAUCCGCGUCGUGAAGGCGUUCCGUAGCUCUCUCUAUGAAGGGUUAGAAAAACCCGAGUCUCGAACCUCCAUCCAUAACUUCAUGGCUCAUCCUGAAUUCCGGAUCGAAGAUUCCCAGCCCCACAUCCCCCUCAUCGAUGACACCGACCUGGAAGAAGAUGCCGCGCUCAAGCAGAACUCGAGCCCGCCGUCCUCGCUCAACAAGAACAAUAGCGCCAUCGACAGCGGGAUCAACCUGACGACCGACACGAGCAAAUCAGCUACCUCUUCAAGUCCAGGGAGCCCCAUCCACAGCCUGGAGACGUCGCUUUAGCUGAGGCCCCUGUCGCCUGGCCAUGCUCAUGGACCCACCGCCACCCGCCUCCAGGCGCACACCCUUCCAGGCACCAACUCCCCGACGCAGCAAGGAGCAAUGGGCGGAACCCACACAGCGGAGAGAGAACCCGUUUCCACACACAGACCCUUUCUCUGGCUGCCAUGCUGUUUGAACUCUUUUUCACUCCUUAGGCCAUGGGCGGGGUUGCCCCCGGGGUCAUCUGGAGCAGAGAGUGGCGUGGAUUGUUUUUUUUUUUUUUUCCAAAACAUAAAAAAAUAAUAACGAAUUAAUUUUAAAAAAAAAGAGCCCUUCCAGGCUCCAGCCCAGACACGGACCAGCCAUGCACCCGCCAGCCACUGCGUCCCCAGCAUGAAUGUACCUGGACACUUUUAAUCCCCUCCCUCGAUUGGUUCUUGGAGGGUUAGGGAGGGGAGUUUUUUGUUUGUUUUCUUAGGCGGGAACUGCAAACAGGAACUGCGAACAGACUGCUGUUCAUUCAGUCCACUGGUCUAUGAGGUUUCAAAUGCUUGCCCAGCAUGGUCUCAAAUGUCUAGAUUAAUUUAAUAACUUUUUGAAAUCACAGAGUAGGUUUGCACCAAUGAAACCCAAGAACUCCACAGACACUCAUGAGGUUAUAUCCGUUUCUUUGUAUCUAUAUCAACGUAUACUUCUUGAAGACUGUAUACGUGCGUAUAGAUAAGUAGAUAUUAUAUAUAUAUAUACAUAUAUAUACAUGGAUAUAUAAAGUUCCUUUGCCGGCAUGUUGCCUUGUUUCUGCUUAAAUUGCUCUAUUUUAACUUAUGUCCUAAAAGAAGAAUGUAAUUUGUUUACAAACCUGUAGAUAAUGUCUUUGGCUAUUUGUGUGGUUUAAGAACACUGGUGGCCGAGAUGCUUACAAACAGCUUGGCCCAACAGACACAUCCCCUGGAUUGCAUCCUUGAAGUUUUACGAUAGCCAUGCUCUGAUUUUUUGCCUGCUAUUUCCGUUCAAUAACGUUACUACUGUGGGAAGCUCAGGCAGAAAGCCAACAGCUCCCAAGGAUCCACCCUGAGGAGCUACGCAACAUGCUCCACCGUAGACAAGGGAGAAGAGGAGAGAAGGUGGUUCCCCCGGGCUGGCAACAUGGCUGUCCAGGUCCCAUGACGUCAGUAGUGCACCCGGAGAAGGAAGGCUUUUCUCUCAAUGAAACUCGCUUGAGUUUACAGAGAGCAUUUCAGAACUGAGUUGUCUUUGGCACUGUCUUUGUGAGUCAAGGUAGUGUUCAGAUAUCACAGAUGCUAUUGUGUUGAUUUUUUUUUUUUUUUAGUUAGUAGUUUAGAAGUUUCUUUCCUUAUAAACAGCAGCAUAGAUACUGCUGACAUACUGGAUGAGGGUUGGUACGGCUUGCUGCUUUCGGUUUUUCUUUUUGAAGAAUAGCCUUUUUUCUCUGCACUAUUUAGAUCCGAAUGAACCUUAUGAUGUGUACAUUGAGAUGUAUUCAGUGUGAUUUUUAAACCAAAUUGUCUUCCUGUAGUUACAACAUAUACUGUAGCCUUUUAACAGCAAGUCCUGCUUUCCCAGACAGAAAGCCAUUCCGAUUAUCUUCCCAUAUCACAGGUGAGAAAAGGUGGCUAUCCCCUCCCCCAACAAUAACAGCACUAGUAAUCCCAACUCAAUAAGAGCUUGUCUGUCGGCCUCUGACUGCUAAGCACUUUGUGGGUCUCAGCUUUUUUUCAUAAAAGAACUUUUGUAUUUAAUACAAAGUUUGCUUUGAGACUUUUCAGCAUACAAUCUUUUUCCAUAAACUUGUACAGUGCAAAAAGACAUUUUGAAUACCAUGACCGGUGGUGUCCCGUGCUUUGAGGAAAACCAAACACUUUCCGCCUCACUUGUGAACUCCAUCCUUCACUCUCUCCCUUCUCACAAUCGCUCCUCGCUCUUCAGCCUGGUCCCCAGCCCUCCUCCAGGCCCAGAGACCUCUUCACUAAACAAGAUGACAGCCACUUGGGAAAAGAGCCAUAGUCCGCUGGGAGGGCCCACGUCUGGAUGGCUGUGAAAAACUUGAGUGAUUGGUUUGGGGUUCAAAGUCUGCCCGUCCCACCUGGCCACAAUCUCUCUGUAAGGAAGAAUAUCUCUGAAGGAUUCUGAAUGUAUCCAGGAGAGAGAGAGCUGCCUCUCCAGCAGGUGGACCAGCCCUAGAUAUACUCACUGGAUUCCAGUACAGACUCCACCAGAGGCAGCCCACAGUACCCCUCCAAGGGAGGGAAGGAAACCCCGGGGCUGCCUUCAAACAGGAUAGGUUUUUCUUUGGGUUUUUUGUUGUUGUUUGAUUGGUUUGGGGGUUUUUUGGUUUUGUUUUUUUUGGGGGGGGUUUUGUUUUUUGUUUUUUGUUUUUUUUGGUGGGGAGUCCUUUGUCACAUUUUUCAUCCUACCCUCCUCCAUUCAACCAUGCAUCUAUGACCUCAACCUCAUUCCAUGCCACCAGGGUUCUUGUGCUUACAAACCAGGGUCCUUGGGCUUUGGAACCAAGCCUCAAGGGCAAAGAGGAAGGGGUUCUCUGAGCAGAGCCAGGUUCUCAGACAGGGAGCAGAGGAAGCUAGCAAGGAGGCCUGACAUUAGCGCUGGCUUCCCGGCGUCAGGAAUGAGGGAUAGCCUAUGCUCCAGCCCCUCGUUCUCACACUCUUCCAUACACACCUACAUAGGAGAUGGUUGGUUGGUCAGAACUCACUGUAGUACACAAAGCUUGCACUUCCGCGUCCUAUAUCUAGCAGCAUGGGAUACGUUUGGCAGUUCACCCCAUUAGGGGGUCAAUAAUUUAUGACCAUUCAUCUGUUUUUAUGAAUUUUUUUAUCUAGACAAUAAUUGUAAAUAAAGAAUUCACCGUCUCUGCUCAUUUAAUACUAUGCAAUGGUUAUGUUUUCCAUGGCUGGCUGUUCCUGCUCACGCAGGUAUUUCUGGUGUGUCUAUGAUAUUUAAAAACACAAAUCAAGCAGAAAUAGGAAAUCUCUACUCUUUUCUAGCAUGGGACCCUGCCCCUCCUUUCUUGUCCUCUGCACUCUGUAAGUGCAUCAGCUCCCUGCCCCCUCAGAAUGCUGAGAGACAAUGGGGGGCACUCAACUUGCUGCUCACAGCUAUCCAGGAUUGAGGAGCAGCCUCCAUGUCUCCACCCACCCACCCCUCUCCUAUCCUCAACCCAACCACAGCAGAGCUGUCUGGAGGGAGGUGCCCUAUUUCUGAGAGUGGAUGUGGCACUGGCAGCUCCCAAGCCAGAGCCUAUCCUAUCCUGGGUCCUCUGGUUAAAAAAGAGCCACUGUGUCCCCAUGCCUGUUAAAAAGCUACCUUUGCCUCCUCCUGAUUUUUUAUAUAGACCUCAGUCCAAUUCUAGAAUUUCUCUUUAACCCCCUUGUCUGGCACCAGCCACAUGUUUUAAUUAUUAUCCCCCUCAAACAUGUUAGUAUAUAGUAGGGAGUAAGUCCCCCUCCCUGUUCACAAGAUUCCCCCUCACAUCUGUUCUUCUGAAGAAAUGCUAAAAUUUUUGCCAGACCGUCUGAACUUCUCUUACCGCAGACUCUGGGCCCUGUUGCUUUAUGUGCCACCCCUACCCCCAUUGUAAUCACUGUCCAUUUCAGAUCCUCUAUGUGCAGAAUGUCCUGUGAGAACAGACAAAACAACACCCUGAAUUCUGGGAAACUAUCAACUUACCUGUCCCCUUAGCCCCAGAAUUGUCAGGAGAGGCCACAAGCCCCUUCUAACAAGUCAUCUGUGGUUGUCCCAGAGCCAGUCCCCAUAUGCUCCUUGACUUGAUGGGAAAGGAAGACCUCUCCCAGAGCCAGUCUUGGAGAGAACAUUCGAUCUCAUCAGACCCACACUACAGAGGGAUACUUUCUGUCCGCCUUUUCUAAACUGGUUUUUGGUGAUUUUAUUUGGGUUAUUGGGAGUCAUCUCUUAUUCGGAGUUAUAGCACCUUUGGGAUACAAGAAUGUCUUGCCUGAUGUCUUGGCACCUUUGAUGUAGCCAUAGGAGGUUGGCAACUGAACCACACUCUGACAAGCCUUUCAUCCAACUCUCUUCUGCUCUAGUAUCUAAAGCCCCACCCUUGGAGAACCCUAGCAGUGAGGAUUCUUCUAGAAGCACCAAGGCUGCAGUCAGACCCUAAAAGUCCCCAUGUGUUUUCCAAGGUCCAAAUGGAGUCCUCUGAUUUAAUAUAGAGAUCCGACCCACCCAAGGCAUAGGACCCCAGGCCCUGGGUAGCUGCCAUCAUCCCCUCCUCCCAAAACAAAAGGUUUGAGGCUGCUUGGGCCCUUCCAGGCCCAUGGUCUGUUUUGUAAUGUCUGUGGUGCUCUCCCUCCAGGGCCCUUCCUCUCGGGGGUCACCACACUUUGCUAACUCUCGUGUGCACAUCUUUUAUAACGGAGUAGCGAGGGAAUGGUGCCGCCUCCAGCUUCUAUAAGCUGCCUGGGCUCUGGAGGGCUCUGGGACAAUUGGGGCUGGGAAGUGACUGUGCUCUUAUUGUACUCUCUUUAUUUCUCUGUAUCUCUGGCUUGUGCUCUUUGUAACUAACAGGAUUUGUCUGCCUUUUCAACACUAUACUGAGCAAUAACAAUAAAUGCACACGUGGAAACGCA